GAAGAGCAGGAUACGGAGGUGGUGCCGGAAGUAUGGGCGGAGGAUUUGGUGGCUCUGGAAUGGGAGGAAAAGGUGGAUUCGGAGGAAUGAACGGCGGUGGAUUCGGAGGAAUGAACGGCGGUGGAAUGGGAGGAAUGAACGGCGGUGGAAUGGGAGGCAAAGGAGGAUUCGGAGGAAUGAACGGCGGUGGAUUCGGAGGAAUGAACGGAGGCGGAUUCGGAGGAAUGAACGGCGGUGGAAUGGGAGGCAAAGGAGGAUUCGGAGGAAUGAACGGCGGUGGAUUCGGAGGAAUGAACGGAGGCGGAUUCGGAGGAAUGAACGGCGGUGGAAUGGGAGGUGGAAUGGGCGGUGGAAAAGGAUAUUAG